CUGCUCAUUGAGCGCUUAGUCCUUCUCCCCUCCACCAGCGCUCCUCCACCCUCCUCUGCCCAUCCAUACCUGCUCCUCGCAGACGAAACCAGCUGCUCUGUACCAAGUCGGAGUGAGUGCUGGUAUUUAAAUGCGGCUCCAGUUGCUAAGCCCCGGCGAGUAGCAGGGCGGCUGGCCGGGGCUGUGUCGCUUUAAGGCAUGUGAUACCUCCCGAGCGGGGACGGCUUGAAAUAGGCUCCGGCACUUCCAUACAGCGGUGUACGCACAGCUCUGCACUGCCCGCGCUGGAGUCAGGCUGCUCUGUUGUGAAACACAAACUGCUCCUCGUCCUUAAGUAUCCUGGAAGCUGCACAUUAUCUCAAGAUCACUUCAAAGGUCUCAUCAGGCAGAAGGUGAUGCUAGGAGAUGAUUUAAAGGUGAAAAUGAGAAGGUUUCCACCCCUCAAACCUUGGCCACUUUUCUGACGGCAGAGUCUGAGAGCUCAGAUGUCUUCUUUACUCUGGAAACAGGAUUUGUAACGAAAAAAGAGAUUUUUUUACAUUUUUUUUUCUUCGUUUAAUCCUGAUAAAGAAGAUUAUUGGGAAGCUAUUAAAAAUCCCUUCUUGUGAUACAAAUGGAUUUUAAAAAGUGUUAGUUCUUUCCAAUGAACACUAAUAGAGUGCUCUGCUCUUGGUUGGAUUACUCAGAGAAUGGCAGUGGUCUCUGCAAUGUCCUGGGUCCUGUAUUUGUGGAUAAGUGCCUGUGCAAUGCUGCUCUGUCAGGGGUCCCUCCAUCACACUUUCCAGCAGCAUCACCUGCACAGACCAGAAGGAGGAACGUGUGAAGUUAUAGCAGCACACAGAUGCUGUAAUAAGAAUCGAAUUGAGGAAAGAUCACAAACAGUAAAAUGCUCCUGUCUACCUGGGAAAGUGGCUGGGACUACGAGAAACAGACCUUCCUGUGUUGAUGCUUCAAUAGUGAUUGGGAAAUGGUGGUGUGAGAUGGAGCCCUGCCUAGAAGGAGAGGAGUGUAAGACGUUGCCUGAUAAUUCUGGAUGGAUGUGUGCGACCGGCAAUAAAAUCAAGACCACCAGAAUCCACCCGAGGACCUAACAGAGCAACGUCUGCAUGGAGACAGUGAAAGCCCUGCUGAUUGAUGAGGACAACGUAUUGGAAGUUUAAAACCAUCUCAGCAUUUACAAGCCAAAUGGAUUUUCUUACUUGCACUCUGACUGUUUACCAGAUAACAACAGUGGCUUCACUGUGCGAACGAAAGCAUUCGGUGGAAAUAAUGCCCCCUGCUUCUUUUUUUUGACAGCUGAGAACAAAAAGGAAGAAAAUGGUUCCUUUGGUAAAGUUUCCAAGAUUGAAAAGUACAAACAACAGUAUAAGUUUGGAUCUACAACUUACUUUAUACCAGUUAAAGUAUAUAUAUAUAUAUAUAAAUAUAUAUAUAUUAAAAUAUGAUAUUUUGAAAUAAAAGCCUCACUCUUCAAGAGAUUAACUAGUACCACACUUUGCUGCAGCUGCUGUAAAUUCUUCUUUCUUUCUUCUUUUUUUUUU